UGAGGCUGCCCAACAAUGGUGAGAGGGUGGGAGGUGGGGGGGUGGCUCCUUGGGUCGCUCGGGCCCCCACCCCCACCGCCUCCCGAGGCCGCCGCUGGCCCUGGCCCCGAUCUCCGAGCCGCGCUGCUCCCGCCUGCCCUCCUUCGCGCUCACUCCACGCUCCUUGCAGCCGCCUCCUCCUCCUCCUCGUCUUCACUCCGGUCCCCUGUGCUCACAAUCAACGGCAGUGGUGGCUUCUCCUCCGCCUCCGUCGGCGGGCCGGACGCUCGGCGGGUUUGCUCUGAUGUCAACCGGGCGGAGGAGGAGUUUGUGCGGCCGCAGGAGGGGAGAGGAGAGGAGGGAGGAGAGAGUGAGAGAAGAGAGGAGAGGGGAGGGCAGAGGCGGGGCGCGGAGGAACCCCUACAGAGCCUUAAGCGGGGAGUGGGUACAGGAGGGAUGCGCAGCGAGAGCCGAAGACCUCUAAAGAUGAAAGGCGAAUAGACUGGGGGCGAAAGAGAGGGGCGGCUGCCUCUCCAAAUCGUGGACCGGGCAGCUCUGCUUGCAGUUGGAGCUCCUGAAGCUCAGACAAAGGGGAAGAGACUUGUCCAAGGUCGCACAGGUGGAUACCGAGGAGAGAUAGGAGAACAAAGAAGGAACAUAAAACCCAGUGGAAGAGAGAGGAUCCAGAAGAUGAUUAACAUUGUCAAAUGCAAGCGUCAAGAAGAAUGAGGACUGGAGAAAGGACAGAACACCACAAGGAUCGUGCUCUUACUAUGACCUUCCCACAGGUUUCCCCUCCUAUCCUCCUCCUACACAGCUGCCCCUGACUCUUCUUACUGAUGGUGCCACCAAGCCCUUCCCCCUACCACUAUUCUCAGAUUCCCCCCUCCCCGCCCCCAUGGUCUCCCUUCACUCCUUGCCUCCCAA